AAAACGUGUUAUCAGUGAACUAAUAGGACUGUAUGGGCAAACAAAAUUAUGAGUGUUAUGGUAUCUCAAAGUAAUAAUCGUUUUCGCAAGUUGCUUAUCGUCCUAAUUAGGCAGUGAAAAACAAACAUACAAUUUAAUUCUGACCUAGGAUCCAGCGAUCACGAAGAUAACGGUUAAAACAGAGCGAGAAAUAACACUCGAAAAAACGCACAUAGGCUCUCACGCAAACCAUUUGGACCAAAAGAGCGAAGUUUACAAAGUUUGUUGACCGUUUUCACUUUUAUUUAUUGUGAGCCGCCGGCGGUUUAGCUUUCAGUUAGCAUUUGGUUCUCUUGGCGACUAGGUCAGAGUUCUAUAAAUUCCCUUGCAAUGGCCACUUCCGUUAUCCCGACAACCGUUAAUCCCGAUCUGCAGAAGGAACGUGAUGGAGCUAGCUUUAGCAGCGAAGAAUUCGCUGCCUGGUGGGCGGGAGACCUAGAGACUCUAAAGUUCAACCGCGGCGUUCGUGACUAUUUGCAAAAGGAUGUGGAUGUCCUUGGUAUGCUUCAAGUGCAGAAUAAAUCACACGAGGAGAUCGUCGAGUUCUCUGUGAAGGCAGCGAUUGAUGCGGCCAAGAAGCUUCGUCGUCUGCAGGAAGAACGGAAUCCUGGUGGAAAUGAUUACUGGCCAAAGCUUUAUGACAGUCAAAUGAUGUGGGGUCUCGUUCCCGGUGGAAAUCCGUUUGGCGUUAUGUACGUGAUGCUGGUGAAAGCUCUGGAAGCUCAAUGCACUCCCGAACAAUAUGAGGAUUUUGGCAAGCGAUUGGAACGCUUCGAGAUUUGCGGAACUUAUGCCCAAACUGAGUUGGGUCACGGAACGUAUCUGCGCGGAUUGGAAACACGGGCGGACUUUGACCCCAAAACCGAUGAAUUCGUUCUCAACACACCCAAGAUUUCCUCCUACAAGUUUUGGCCUGGAGGCUUGGGUCACAGUUCCAACUAUUGCCUGGUGAUGGCUCAACUCUACAUCGACAACAAAUCCAAGGGACCGCAUAUGUUCUUCAUACAGGUGCGCGAUGAGGAGACCCACGAACCACUGCCGGGAGUCCACAUCGGUGACAUUGGCAAAAAGAUGGGCUUCCUUGGGGUGAACAAUGGUUUUCUGGGCCUGAAAAAUGUAAGGAUUCCACGGACUCGCAUGCUGAUGCGACAUGCCAAAGUCAACGCUGAUGGCUCCUAUAUUAGCAGUCCCGCGAAUGUGCUCACCUACUUUGCAAUGGUGCGCACGCGCUGUGUAAUUGCGACGAAUAGUUCCCUAAUGUUAGCUGCAGCUUCUACCAUUGCUACAAGAUAUUCGGCGGUGCGUCGUCAGAGUCCCAUCGAUCCCAAGGAACGCGAGCCCCAGAUCAUAGAUCAUGUUACCCAGCAAAUGAAGCUCUUCCCGGAGAUAGCCACCAGUUGUGCAUACCGAUUGGCAGCUAAAUAUUUGUGGGGUCUGUACGAUGUGACCAUUAAGGAUAUUGAAAACGGCAAAUACGAGCGUUUGCCGGAGCUUCAUUCCCUGUCCUGCGCUCUAAAAGUAACGAGCUCCGUUGAUUCCACUGCUGGUGUGGAGAGAUUGCGACUGUCUUGUGGAGGCCAUGGAUACCUAGCCUCUUCCAACAUGAACAACCUUUAUGUGAAUGCCACCGCAGCUUGCACUUACGAAGGCGAGAACACAGUCCUGCUUCUGCAGAUCGGUCGCUUCUUAAUGAAAACGUGGCGAUCGGUGUUGAGUGGAGAACCGCUUGCACCCACUGUUCGCUAUCUUGCUGAGGUGCAAAAGAAUCCGGACUUUGGCACCUGGACAGGCACCUGGGAGAACAUGGUGAAGGCCAUGCAGUAUGCAGCAGCCAAUAAAACACGCCUGGCUUUUGAGAGUCUUUCCAAACGUUUGGCUAAGGGCGAGACUGAGCCAAAUGCGGCUAAUCACACGGGAAUUGAGUUUACUCAGGCAGCAGAGCUCCAUGGCCGUGCUUUUAUAUUUGGAUCUUUCACCGCUGAGGUCACUGGACCUAAAUCUAAGAACCGCUCAGCAUCACUUAACAGAAUUCUGGAGAACCUUUUGGAAUUGUACCUUGUCAAGGAGACACUCAAUCAAAUGGGCAACCUGCUGAGGUUUAUUGAGCUGACCGAUGCGGAUCUCACCAAACUGCAGAAUCGUUUGGAAAUGGUGCUCACAAAACUGCGUCCCGAUGCUGUGGCCAUUGUAGAUGGUUUCGAUUUUAGUGAUCUGCAACUGAACUCCACUUUGGGCUCCUACGAUGGCAACGCCUAUGAGCGUAUCUUUGAUGCGGCACUUAAAAAUCCAAUAAACCAGAAAUCAGUGCCAAAGUCCUUCAAUGAGAUUCUUAAACCCUUCAUGAAGUCCAAUAUCUAGUGCUUAGCACUAUAUUUUAUACUUUUGUAAUCUUAUAUCUAGUGCCGAGCCCAACAUAUAAUAUGUUAUACCUCUUUUAUAAUGGUGUUUUGUGUGAUUAUAACCUGUUUUAUUAUGUUAUUUAUAAAUAAUACUGUUAACAAGAUCUUAGAUUUUAUAUAAAAUAAUGUAAAAAUAAUGAGUUCUUUGCUGAGCAUAAA